ACUGAUCCAAAAUUUACCUCGGAUGUGUUUCUAUACAAGUCUCCUCCAUUAGACUUCAAGGUCUUUUUUGGGAAGGGGGGAGGGCGGGGCGGGGAAGAAGGCUGCCUUUUGAAUUUAUUUGUAUCCCCGGCAAUAGGCCUAUAGUCUAAGGACAUAGGAAGUCCUUAAUGAACGCUAGUCAGUAUGCAUUGACUUUUGAGACCAAAAAAAAAAAAAAAAAAAAAAAAAGCAAAAUUCAUUUUAAAUUAUAUUGGAAGCAGGGAGUAGGAGGGGAGGAGAGGGAAAUAAAAAUAUGCUUUUAAGAAAAUGACAAUUUAAAAAACAAACAGAAAGGUGAUCAUGGACUUUAUACAUCCGGGUAACGCCACGUGCAGAUAAAAGACUGUUAGUCCCGCGCGACAUUUAUCAAAGGUCUCAACCACCGCUGCUACGAACCUUCAGCGUUUGGCCCAUUCAAAUGCUAGAGUACCGGCUUCAGGGGGGAGGCUCCUUGCCUCUAAAGGACUCAUUAGACCAUCGGCCCCGCCUCGGUACUUUCUCCAGCCCCUCCGGAUUCGGAAGUGACGCAGUCCCGUCAAACCACGCGCCCCUUCCCGCGGGGAGUGUUUCCGCCAUUUUUGAAAAUCAGGAAAAGCCGGUGUAGGUGCCUGUCGCUGCCGUCAUGGCCACCUUCGCCGUGGAGCCUCAGCAGCCUCCAACAGGAGCUGAACCAAUGAUGCUGGGUUCACCUACUUCUCCAAAGCCAGGAGUGAAUGCACAAUUCUUACCUGGCUUUUUAAUGGGAGAUUUGCCAGCUCCAGUGACUCCACAACCUCGAUCUUUCAGUGGCCCUUGUGUGGGGGUUAUGGAAAUGAGAUCUCCUUUAGUUGCAGGUGGAUCUCCCCCUCAACCAGUUGUACCAUCUCAUAAAGAUAAAAGUGGUGCUCCACCAGUUAGAAGUAUCUAUGAUGAAAUUUCCAGCCCAGGGCUUGGAUCAACACCUUUAACUUCAAGAAGACAGCCCAACAUUUCAGUAAUGCAGAGCCCUUUGGUUGGAGUUAUGCCAGCUUCUCCAGGAACAGGUUCAAGCAUGUUCAGUCCAGCAAAUAUUGGUCAGCCACGAAAAACAAAUUUGUCUCCUGCUCAGUUGGAUCCCUUUUAUACUCAGGGAGAUUCCCUAACUUCAGAAGAUCACCUUGAUGAUACUUGGGUAACUGUAUUUGGGUUUCCUCAAGCAUCUGCUUCCUAUAUACUCCUACAGUUUGCACAGUAUGGAAACAUAUUAAAGCAUGUGAUGUCUAACACAGGGAAUUGGAUGCAUAUUCGUUAUCAGUCCAAACUUCAGGCCCGGAAAGCCUUAAGUAAAGAUGGAAGGAUUUUUGGAGAGUCCAUCAUGAUUGGAGUAAAGCCUUGUAUAGAUAAAAGUGUAAUGGAAAGCUGUGAUAGAAGCACCAUAUCUUCUCCAGGAUCAGCCUUCACACCACCAAUCAAAACCUUAGGCACACCUGUACAGCCUUCAAGUACUCCUAGAAUUUCUACCAUGAGACCUCUUGCUACAGCUUAUAAAGCUUCAACUAGUGACUAUCAGGUUGUUUCUGACAGACAAACUCCAAGAAAAGAUGAAAGUCUUGUAUCUAAAGCAAUGGAAUAUAUGUUUGGUUGGUAGUAUUAUAGAAAAGAAUCCCUUGAAGAUAAUUACACUAAAACCUGAUUGGAGCUAGGAAUAUUCUGCCAGUUUCCUUUUGGUUAGUUGUAUAACCACUUUUGGCAGGAUUUGGACUCUAAACCAUCAUCUUCAUUUUUAAUACCUUUUCUUUUUCUUUAGGAGUACGGCAAUUUAUAGCUUGCACUUUAAAUGAUGGAUGUGACAUGCUUUUAAGAAACUUCAAACAUUUGUAAAUAGAAAGGUUACAAUGCUUGAAUGUAAUAGGUGCAUGCUUGGUCACAAAAAAGGCAUUGUUUACUGUAAAUUAUAUAAGUUUGUGGUGAUGUUUUUAAAUGGUUUUCUCUGAAAGCAGUAGGCUUCUAGAACUGCCAGGACACAUGGAUUAUAAAUGAACAGUUUGAAUUAUGGUCUCUUAAUUUGGAUACUAUUUAAUACUUUUAUCAUUGCCUGCAUAUGCCCUGUCAUGAAUCAUCAUUUAGUGUGUUUCAGACAAGAAGCAGCCCUUUUUUAACCUUGUAUUCCUGUUUCCUAAUAAUAAACUUUACGAAUUAUGUAGGUUGAAUCUUUUUCUGUAUGUGUUAAUUGUACAUAAGUAGUAUUAAGUAAUCAUAGCCUUAGAAGAGAACUAGUCCACCUUUGGCUCUUCAUUUUGUAGAUGGGGAAACUGGGGCCCCAAAAGUUUGUGAUUUGCUUUGGAUCACCCAAGUUAAAUAAAUAGCUGAACUAGAUUUUGAUAAAAUCUGAUUUUCCUUUUUGCUGUGCUAUUUCUUCUAAUACUUUUCUUUAAGGAACCUUCCUUGAUACCUUUUAUUUUAUUUUUUUACAGGUACAAUUGUUAAAGAAAAGUAUUAAUGACAACAUAGUAUAAUGGGAAAAGCCCUAGAUUUCUUUCAAAAGAUCCAGGUUUUAACCAAGAGAAUAUGUGUGGAUUCAACAUAUUUAUCCAUAAUUAGAAUUUCCUUUAUUAAACAUUUAUCCAUUGUCUUUAAUCAGAAGCUGUAUCUAGGAAUAAGAUUUUUUGGUAAUUUGUUAAUAUACCAAUGGACUAUUUUAACUGAUUGAAAUUAUUGCUUGUAUUGUGUCUUGUGUGAACUUUUGCUUUUGCUUCAGCAUAAAGGAAAGAAAGAAAAAGAGAACAAAACUUAGAUAACUCACCAAAAUGGGGUUGUCUAAAAUCCUUCUCACCUGUUUUUUUAUUAUAAUUACCAGGAGAAUCUAUAAGAGUAGAGAGAGAAAUAAUGUGAUUUUAUAUCUAGCUUACUGGUUUGAAUAUAUAUCUUUCUGAGUCUCAAGCCAGCACCCUUCUACAGUGCUGUGACAUUAUAAGAAAAGUUAAUCCUGUUAAGUGUUGUUUAUUGGAUUCUGACUGUAGCUUCAGUGUUCACAUACAACUACUGUCUCAGUUAUGUAGAUCACUGAAGAUAAAUACAGAGAACAAUUUAGUAUCAAGAAUUUCCCAGUGUUAGUUCCCUGACCAGUUGAUUGAUUACAGAUUGUCAAGAACUAUCUAGGUCUUUGACAAGUACAGGUAAACUGUGAAAAGAUAAAAUCAUUGAAAGGAGAUUGUUAUAGAAAAUAUUUAAGAGAUGUGAAUUAAUUUAUUGUUCUUUUACAUUAUUUAAAUACUAAUUUGAUCUAUUGUUUGAUGAUAUUACAUUAGUUCAUGUGAAUACAUACCAUAACAACGUGUUCUAUAGUUCUAAACAAUCAGGAAUCGGUUGGGGAAACUGGGCAGCUCCUACUGAAUUACUCCUUGCAUGAUGAAAAUCAAAAUCACAAAAUGAAAUUGAUUUUUUUUUCAAGAUAUGUUGUUUAAUUUAUCUGAUAGUAAUAGUUAUCAGAUUUAGUUAAUCCUAAAUUGUAAAGGAGCAAGUAUAAAAAUUAAUAAACUAGAAGAAAGGAUAUAAUAAAAAUUUGACAUGCCAGUAAACAAUGCCAAUGCCAAUAUGGACAAGUUAUUAUUGCUGAAAUGAGAAAAAAGAUGGAAGAGAGGAGAGUGACAGCAGUGAUGUUAUUUUUAUUCAAAAGUGUAAUCAGUUAAUUAUUUGCUACAGCAAGAACCUAAAAUCCAAGUUGGCCAGAAAACAUGGCAGUUUAGGGCAAUAUCAGAUUAAAAUUUUAAACUUCUUUGUAAUAUUUUAUGAAUAAUAGCAGCUCAAUAUGAUAAUGUUCCACAAAAUAAUGGAAAGCAUAGAGGGAGGAACAAGCAUUGAAGCCUCUAUUUGAGCCCCAUUUAAUCAAUUCCAAAUUCUACUUAGAGUAAAAAUGGAAGGAGGGCAACAGACAUGUAAAAUGAGGAAAAAAAAAAAGUUAGAGUAUUCUUUUGAGAAUGGGAUUAAAAAGUACUUCUCUUUCUCUUUCUGUGAAUUUAUUGAUAAAUUUAAUAGAAUAAGUUUUAAUCUUUCUUAACUGAUACAGGGUAACAGUUUCCAAAGUGCACAAGAUAAUCAGUAUGGGAAGAAAAUAUAUCUUUAAAAAUUUUUUUCCCAGAAAAAUAAGAUGUUAAAUUUUAAUAGUUAUUACUAAUUUGCACUACUAUCUUCAUAUGUUAAGAGAAGUAGGAAGGAAAGGAAGAAGUUGAAGUUAUACAACAUAAAAACAAGGAUAGUGCCAUCUUUAGUCAUUUGCUUAUUUUAGUGUAUGACAUUAAGUGUACAUGAGUAAUAAGUAUAAGUGAAUUUCCUGAUUACAUUAUCUGAUUUUUAACUAACUCUCACAAAAUAUAUGCAUGGCUUAAAGAUAAGCCUGAAAAGAAAUUACAGAUUGAAGUUAAUAAAGCAAGAACUGACACUUAUUUACACUUUUAAUAUUAGCUUUUUAUUAACAAUGUCAUGAGGCAAAAGUGAUGAUCUAAUCAGAAUUGAUAAGAUCAGACCAACAUUGGAAAUGAUCACAAUUUGAAAUAUGGAUUUAAACUCAUUAUUAAUUAUAACUCACCCUAAGUAUAGUUUGUUUCUUGAAAUGUUGGCUAAUGAUGUUAAUCGUCAGGAUUUAGUGAGAUUAAAAACUAAGCCCUUUUUGCCAAAAUGGUGUAAAGGUGCUACCUCUAAAAACUCUACAAAUUAAAUACUUAUCUGCUUAAAAAUGUUCCAAAUGGAGUUAUCAGUGUAUUUGAAACCAUUUGUUACUGUUAGUUUGCAAGUACAAUUUAUUGACAUCCUGGGAGAUUGGAGUUUAGGAUUGAAAAAGACCAUUGUUUCAAGUAAACACAUUCAGUGAUAAUCUUCUUCCAUUUUGAUGUAUAAAUCUUUGUGAAAUAUUAAAUUGUGAUAGUCAUUAAAACUAGAAAGUGAAAUAAACAACUUAUAACCAGGGCUUUCAAUUAAUGUGUCACAAAAGAUUAAAUCAUGGUUUUCAAGAAUAGUGAAGUAUUUUCAAUAGCUUUCCUCACUAAAAGAUCUUUAAUUGAAAUACUUCAAUACAUAUUUCAAAAAGAUUCAGUAAAGUUAAAAUGAACAAUAUUUGAUUUUUAUUUUAUUAAUGACAAAAUCUUAAAUACUAAUUUUCAUUAGGGCAAAAAAGGUUUUUGUUCUAUCCAUAAGUCAAUUGACAAAAAGUUUUAAAACACUCAACUAUCAUCUUUUAAAAUGUCAACUUUAAAUAGUAAAAUUCAUCUAUACAAGAUUUAAAAUAUACUUGAAAAUGAUGCAAUAAAGAUGAACAGUAUUUGAAUUUUUUCAUUUUAUUAAUAGUAUAAAACCUUAGAUAUUAAUAAUUUUCAUUAGAGCAAAAGGUUUUUUACUAUUCAUAUUUGAAAAAUUUUAAACAUUUUAAUUUCUCUUUGUGUAAAUGUUGGUUAAGUACAGUAGUGCAGUGGAGAUACAUGCUCAAAAAUUCCUUACUGAUAAACUUGCAUGCUCAAAAGAUAUUUCGUAUAAAAUAUCUGAAAUAUAUUUUUUGGAUCAAUCACAUUAACCUUAAAUUUGUAUAACCUUGAACUUUUCAAGAGUUUUUUAAAAUGAGUUCUUUGUAGUUUUUACAAUGUUUUAAGUAAUUUUAUUCUGACAUUCUCUGAGGGUAAGUAGUGCAAAUAUUACUGCCAUUUUGUAAAUUAAAAAAUUAAUGCUCAAAAAAAUACCAGCUUGUAGUAUAAAGUAUGUCGGGUAGAUGGUAAUUUUAAAAGAUACCCAAUGGAAGUAGAAACCUGAGGAUGAGGUUUCUCCUGCCAUUAGGGAAUUUUCCUUACCCAAGAGAUAGUAAGUGAUUGUGACCUAGAGAUUAGAUUCACUUAAGUUAUUUAAAUUAGAGCUGUUAUAAACUAGUUAGCUGUGUUUGUGUUGCAAAAUAAAAAUAUUUAACUUUA